GGUUCAAAUCCCUCACCCCCAUUUGUAAUUUAUAUUGCCCUUGUGGCUCAUUUGCACCAAAAAAAAAAAAAAAAAAUAUACCACGUCCCUUGGCUCAUACUUUUCUUUCCUCUUAUUAUUUCAACGGUAGUAAAUAAUGCGUAUUGGUAUACAUUCUUAGUUAGAGAAUAGAGAAUAGAGAAUAGAGACUAGAGAGAAUUAUAUUAAAGCCUGAUUAUCUACUUCAAUUUUACAUUUUGGUCUCAGUCACCGACAAACAAUGGCUUCAUUCAAUUAUCUUUGCGUUGUGAUACUGUUGAUGAUGAUAAACAGCCGCAGUUAUGUCGCCGCUCAGCUUGCUCCGGUCAGCGUCAUUUUUACCGAUGGUCUUUUACCAAACGGAAACUUUGAACAAGGUCCAAAUCCAUCAGAUCUAAAAAAGAUAACAAUAGUAGGUAAGUACUCCCUCCCCAAAUGGGUGAAGAAGGGCUUAGUCCGAUACGUAUCUGGUGGUCAUAAACGUGUUGGGUUUACCUUCAACGUUCCACGUGGUGUCCACGCGGUGAGCUUAGGCCAGGAUGCUUCUAUAUUACAAUAUAUGAAACUCAAACAUUGGUCAUCCUACUCUAUUACUUUUAGUGUAACAAAGACUUGUCCAUUGGAUACGUUUAUAAGGGUUACCUACGGCAGCAAUACAGCAGAUUUCGCCUUCCCCUCCAAACCAUUAUAUUUAAGUGAUAAAGCAGACACUUUUGCUUGGGGUUUUCAGACCGCUGCUAGUACUGCUUAUGUCCUUUUUUCUAACCCAACCGGUCAUCCUAAGUACCCUGCUUGUGGACCACUUAUACAAGCUGUUGCGAUCAAGGAAUUACCGCCACCCCCUACCACGACGAUAGAUAACAACCUUAUCCAAAAUGGAAACUUCGAGAUUGGUCCUUAUACAUUAGAGAAUUUCACAACUGGGGUCUAUAUCCAUCCGUACACUUUGAAUCCUGUUUCUCCACUUCCUGGCUGGAUUAUUGAAUCCCGAUAUACCAUUAGGUAUAUCAACUCAAAAGACUUCUUCAUACCAUCAGGUUCUUCUGCAGUCGAAUUAUUAGUAGGAGGAAAAGAAAAUGCCAUUGCUCAAGUCAUAGGAACAACACCAAAAAUGUAUUACAACCUCACCUACACUAUUGGAGACGCCAAUAAUGGUUGCAUUGGUUCUAUGGAAGUUCAAGCAUCCGCCGAUAAAGAAACCAUUAAAGUCAAAUAUGAGUCCCAAGGUAAAGGUGGUGUAACGCAUGCAAGUUUCAGGUUUCAAGCUGUGUCACUCUCAUUUACAACUAGGAUAUCAUUUUGGAGUGUGUUCUAUCACAAUACUGUCGAUGAUCCAAACCGUUUCUGCGGUCCGGUUCUGGAUAAUGUUCGGGUUGUACUCGAUCCUUAGUUGUAACUUGUAAGAGACGACGGAGAAAAUAAUCAAAUGAUUCAAAUAUACCCCCUCUAUCUAAAAUUAUCAGGCCUUUUCAUGUAUACCUCUAGUUAAAUAAAAUCAAGUUAUAUGAGAUGUUAGAUUUGAGUAUUUGACAUUAUAACUAGUCUCUAGCUUUUUUAAGUAAA